CAUGUGACCCAGCGAGCGGAAAAUUCGCAAAAUGGGGAGGAUGAGGGUGGAGAAGAGGCGGUUGCAGCGGGUGGCGGACUCGCUCGCACCGGGCUCCAUCAUUGCUUAGUGUGCGGUGGCUGGUAGCGGAGGGGCAGAGCGCUGAGGCGGCCGGCGGUGGAUGUGUUGUGAGGGGCGAGGCCCUUGACCACCUCUCGGUGAGGCAGAAGUGACUCCCCAAUCCCUCAGCGUCUCCUCCCUCUAUCCCUCAGUGUCUCUGUCUCUCCCUCCCUCAGUAUCUACCACCAUCCCUCUGCCAAUUUCUUUGUCCCUCUGUUAGUGUUAACCUCAUCCCUCAGUGUUUCUGUCCCCUCCCUCAAUUCCCUUGUAUCCUCCUCUGUCAGCUCCCCCUCUAUUCCUCCAUCCCUACUCUUUUCAGUUUCUUCCCCCAGUGAGUCUCCUUCCCUCCCUAAGAAACUCACCCACUCAGUGCAUCUCCCUCCUUCAGAAACUCGCUCACUCUUAGUGAAGCUCUCCUCCAUUUCCCUCCUUCAGAAACUUACUCUCCGCGAGUCUUCCUUGCCGGCCAGCCUGCACACCCUCCACUGCUUUGCUCCGGAGUCAGCCAGAGCCCCUGUUGUCCGCUGUGCGACCCACCAUGUCCAAGGACUAUCUGUUCAAGGUGCUUGUCAUCGGCGACAGUGCCGUGGGCAAAACCUCACUGGUGCACCGUUAUACUAAUGACAGCUUCAGCAAGCAUUACAAGUCCACCGUGGGAGUGGACUUUGCUUUGAAAAUUUUACAAUGGUCUGACACGGAGACUGUUCGACUACAGCUCUGGGACAUAGCAGGCCAAGAGCGAUUUACGUCCAUGACCAGAUUAUACUACAGAGAUGCAGGAGCGUGCAUCAUCAUGUUUGAUGUGACAGACGUAACGACUUUCCACAGUUGCCUCAAGUGGAAGCGUGAUUUAGACAGCAAAGUUACUCUGGUGGAUGGAAGUCUUGUGCCAUGUGUUCUCCUGGCAAACAAGUGUGACUUAUCAGAAUGGGCAAUCACGAGGAGAGAGAUUGAUGCCUUCAGUAAAGAGAACCAUUUUGUUGGUUGGAUUGAAACGUCUGUGAAAGAAAACAAGAAUGUUGCUCAAGCUAUGAGUGUGUUAGUAGAGUGUUUGAUGUCGAAGUCCUGUUUGGGAACUCCAACCCAAAGCCAAGGAGAUUAUAUUGAACUUAAAAACAUGCCAGCCAGUGAAAAGCCUUGGAAUUCAGGAUGCUGUUGAAAAAUUGAUCCUCAGGACACCAAAGAACAUUAUACUACCUGUAAGACUUGUAAAGUUUUAGAUUUUUGAGACCAAAGGUGAUUUGAACAUGAAAGUUAACACCAACUAAUUAGUUAGUAGAUUCAUUCUACUGGAAGUUCAGUUGAGGUUUUCCAACUGCCAUUGCUUCUGAUGCAAAAUUUGAUUUAAUACUUGUUUGGCAAGUGAAGUUUAAAAAAUAACCUUCAGUGUUGUACAUUAGUGAAUUGAGGCUGUUGGGAGUUUCUAUUGCAUCAACUUCUGCCUUUGAUUGAUCCAGGUUCAGGAGGAAUAGAAAUAAGCUACUCACUGGAUUAGUUUCAAUGUGAUGAGCUGCUCACUUUAUGCAAACUAUAUAAUUGUGCCUAUACCUCUGGACUUUUGUAAAAAUGUACUCUACCCACUUCCUAUUGUACAUAUUUAUUAUAUGGUGUGCUACUAGACUUUAACAUAUUAAGUUAAAUAGUAUAAGAUAUUGCAGGUGUACAUCCACAGGGGAAAGAACUUGAUGAAUCUUAUGGGAGACUGCAAGCUGCUUGAUUAAAUUUUUAUUGCUAGUUUUUACUACCACAGUGUAAUGAAGUAAUAAAUCAUUUAAUUGAGUCUAUUUUUUUUCAACCAGCCAGUAGUGGUUAGCUAUUUUUUUUGUGAUGAACAUGGCAAAAUCCCACACAGUGAGUCUCUCUCAAAUCUGUUUACUUUUUUUUAUUAGAUGUGUGUUUAUUGCUGAACUUGAUUCAUCUUUGUAUAGUAAAAGUUGCAGGUGCUGCUUCAAACUAGAAGCAUCUCAGUCCAGAGGUGAUAGCCUAUUUUAAUAUAAAUUACUCUUCACUUAAUGUGAUUAAUUGUGCUUGUUAUAAUCUGUGGUAGUUCAUAUGUACAAUAGGUACUGAAAUUUCUCUUAAUUCCAAAGGAUGGAUAUUGGGAAUUUCAGAAAAUCUACAAGAUCUUAAAUAUUUCAGAGUCUGAAUAUUAAAACAAAAUUCAGUGAAUUCUAGAUUUGGUAUUUGUGAAUUGUGGAAAUCCAAUACUGCUAAUGUCAUUCUUUUAUUCUUUCCACUUUAGCACUCUUGAACAAUUUUGUAUUGAAAUGGUCUUUGGGGAUGACCUACAAUGCGACAUUUAAGAAUCGUUUAUUUUAAUGUAUAAUCUUUGAAGUACCUCCUUGAAUGCAUACAUUAUUCAGCCAAGCUGUGUAUAAUUCACUGAACCUUUCUACUCUCUCUUCUGAUAUUUCCCUAUCCUUUUGGCAAAGAGUACAAAAAAAAUUGCACUUGUGCAUUGUAUUUUUACAGUAUCAACAGAAAUCUAAUUUUUUUUUGUUUUGAGCUUUGACAUUAGGGAAUUAUUUUUGUAAUCAAAGGAGUAUUUUAGACAUUCUGUAUAAUUAUUUGCAACUUCCUACUAAAAUGUAGCUGCAGAAUCAAUAUUUGGAAAAGGGUCAACUGUUAUAGUGGCUAUAUUAUGAAAAUGAUGUGGGUGGUAAACUAAACUGGUUGGUUUAGAACAAUGAUUUACCUGAAAUAAUAAAUCUCUGUAUAAAAUUGUUAUAGAAUGCACUUACACUGGUGUACACUUGUCUUGCAGAAUACACACCAGAAGCGAAGCAGACACAUGUCUCUCUCACUUUUCAUAAUACAAAUCUCUUUUUGAGAUUUUAUUCUAGAGCAUUGCAGUAUUGAUUCUGGUCACCUUGAAUGAUUUGAUCAUGAAUUUAUCUCGCACUCCUCAUCCAGCUUUGUUAAACAGUAGAAAAAUUUUUAUUCAAGCUAACCCCUUCUCUACAUGUACUUUAUUACCUUAAGGAUUAAUGCUAGGAUUACAAGGUAAUAGCACUGCUCAGGACUUCUGAUGGCAAUGAAAUCCUAUUUAUGAACUGCUUGUACAUAUGAUCAAAAAUUCCACCAUAUUGUCUUCCUCAAUUAUGCAUUUAAAGCAAAUCUCAUGUUAAAUAUUUAUAGCAAUUUUAUUUUGUAUGUGACAAAUACAUGUAUGUAUAAAAAUAAACACAUUUAUUUUAAA